CUCCAACAGAUUGGGAAACAGAAUGCCAUUUGAUGGAGCCAGUGAACCUGACCAUGCCCACGGGUCAUUAAAGUCUGAAUCAGACAUUUUGCAGAACACACUACCUGAAAAUGAGAAAUUCUACUUCGAUCUGUCCAGAAUUAUUGAUAGAAAUGCAAGGCAUGCUGAUGGAAUUUUCACCAGUGUCUACAGCCAUCUUUUGGCUAAACUUGCUGUGAAGAGAUAUCUGCAUUCGCUUAUUAGAAAACGAGUUAGCUCCCAGGACAGUCCUGUCAAACGCCACUCUGACGCUGUCUUCACUGACAACUACAGCCGCUUUCGAAAGCAAAUGGCUGUGAAGAAAUACUUAAACUCAGUUUUAACUGGAAAAAGAAGCCAGGAAGAGCUAAACCCCGCUAAACUUCCAGACAAAGCAGAACUUCUUGAACCUUCCUUUUCAGAAAACUAUGAUUCUGUAGAUGAGCUGCUGAGCCACCUCCCACUGGACUUCUGAAGGACACCUGGUAAAGUCUAUGACAAGAACAAGCUAUUUUUGAGUUCCACAUAGUAUUUCAAAGAGAUGACUUUAGUCAUCGAACCAGAACAAAUAUGUUGUGAAGUGAAAGUUGUGAUAUAUUUGUUUCUUAUGUAAUAAAAGUUGAUAUUUACAUUGUAAAUAUUACUCUAGAGUUCUCUCCUGAAAGCUGUACAUAUGGAUGCCGGUUUAACUCAUGAGAAGUCUGUGAGUCCAUAUGCUGUAAAUCCUUUACUUCAAUAAAUUCAUU